GGCGCAAUACAGAGAUGCUACUUAUUCUUGUGCUGCCAGUCAUUCCUCACGACAAUACUACUCAUCUACACCAGCAACCAAGCUCGGUGGAUUCCCUCCUCGCUAUGACACGCUACGCCUCUUCACGCAAGAGGUCGCUGAUGUCGCUCUCCUGGUCUCAGCUCGCUUGCCUUGCCUUCCUGCGUCUACCCCGCAUCGUCCCCCGAGUCUUGCUUCCUUACACCACCUCCCCCAAUACUCCCUACCCGCACGUCAUCCGGCUGCCAUCACGGGAACCAGGUCGUAGCAUCUACUGCUGGAUUUUCUUGCCCUCUGAGCACGAGCUGGCCCAGUCGACCUUGGCGACAAGCGGUACUGGGCGGAUACCCAUCCACGUCGACUUUCAUGGUGGGGGCUUCAUCAUGGGUCAGCUGUCCGAGCAAGCGCCUUUCUGCAGCAUGCUUGCCCGUCGUCUCGGUGCGGCAGUCAUCACUGUGGACUACAGACUCGGACCUCUAGAUACACACCCUGCCGCGUUGCACGAUGCAGAAGACGUAGUGCGGUGCUGUGUUGACGAGACCUUUUCAGUUGGGUACACUGCCUUACGAUCCCACAUUGCCGCCUUUUACUCCAAAACGGGAUCGAGGAACGUGCAACUCGACUCUACUCGCUUGUCGCUUUCCGGCUUCUCGUCGGGAGGCAAUAUUGCCCUUAAUAUGCUAGUCUCGUGCCCCGACUGGCCCUCGCCGCUCCAUCCUUCUCGCCACCCAUACGACAUUCCCGCUCUGCUCUUCUUUCCCAGCGUGGACGCGCGACAGCUGUCACACGAACGUCCUAGACCAGAGGGAAUGCCAGCGUCAGAUCCCAGUAGCUGGAUGAGCUGGCUGUCAAGACACAUGGAGGAUGCCUACCUGGAGAGGUGGCAGCGUGGCGAGACGCGAGCUAGUCCUGGUCUGGCCCAACUCUCGAGCGAUGUGGAAAGGAAGCAGGCGGUGGACAGGCUGAUCGAAGUCGAGCACGACGAAGAAGCAGAGGGGGGAUCACGGUCAAUGGCAGCUAGACGAGCACAGGCUUCAGAUGUUAUCAUCGACUUGACCGAAGACAGUCAGUCCCAAGGUAGUGGAAGUGCUGGCAACGAGCUCCACUCGUUGUCGCACUGCCUCCUCGUCCUGCCUACGUACGAUACCCUGGCCCAUCAGUCGGGUCUUUGGCUCGAAGCCCUGGAAAGGGCUGGUAGGCUGGCAGCUCCUCGCGACUGGGACGGAGAAGACGGGUCUGGGUCGAGGACGCACGGCGUGACACCUGUCUAUGCUCGGGACAUGCCUCAUGGAUGGACUCAAUUCCCUGACUUUGCGCUCAGCGAGGAACAGAAGCGGUCAAAGUACGACGUCUUUGACAGAAGCGUGGAAUUCGUGACGACGGUGUGGGGCGGGCGGCAGGAGUCCUGAUACCCAUCGACUGUUUGUACAUACACUGUAUAUCAUCUAGCAUUGUCCUUCAGGAC